CGCCUCUUCCUCACUGGUUGUCGCUGUCUAUCCUCCCAGCAUCAGCACCUAGCCUAACUGAACAGCGACCGUCCUCGAAGAAAUGAUGCUCUACCAAGCGAGGGAGUUGGACGGAUAAUGGUUAAUCGGUCGACGGAGAAAGACAUGGAUGAUUCGUGUCACCAAAACAUUUAAGGGAUAAAUGAGCGGCUGGGUAUCACAGGAAGUCCCGGGCACGUUUGUGCAGUUCUGGCUGCUUUCUCUCACCAUUCAUAAUGCACCAUUCAUGAUGCGAGCUUCCCUCAUCCUUGAUCUCAAGAAUGGCAAGAAGAAAACAUUGAAAUUGCCUAGCGUUGUUGGCUCGACAGGGCACCAUAGCAUGCCACGCGCUGUUUCGUUGUUUCAUAUAGACUGUUAGGCUAUAACUAGCCUACUAUCAUCGGGUUUAGGAAGGAUAUGAGCCAAUGUCUUCUUGUUGUGCCGAACAAGACAAUCUUCUUUGAGGGCGCCGUACCAAAAGCAGGGCUAUGCAAGCCAUCCAAACAAAGGCACCUCAACACCCCCAUUGACUCACCAGCUGUCCCGUCGCCACUGACAUGACAACGCUGAUCCGAAAGAGCAGGAUCAAAGGGCACCGACCUGCAGCCGGACGCGUGGACUCUAAAAGGAAGGGGGCGACGGACUCGAAGCGAGGAAGCAGCAGCCCGAAGAAUGCCGAAUUGCAGUUUCUAGGGAUAAGCACCAAGGGCAGUGCGGCACUCAACAGUCAUAUCGGGGGAAGGUGGUGGGGGAGCUGUUCAGUGUACCUUCCCCCCACUCUUCGUUCUGCUCCUACCUUGUCCUUUACGUUCCAUUUUCCCGGCGCGAAAAAAUGCUUGAAAACAACUGCAGUAUUGAUUUGAUUUCGAAUGUUGGUUCUGUGUUUAUAUUCAAAAUGAUUAACCUAUUUCGUUUUCUUAAGCCGGUUGACUGCAUCAGUGAUGGGCAAUUGAAAUAUUAAUCUUGAUUUACAAGCUCGCUGGAAUCCGAGAGGGACUGAUGUACAUACUGGUCAGGUAUCAUCUCCUCCCUCCGUCUCUUGUUCUGCUUACUCUGCUACUUGCCAGCACCAUGGGCUGUAUCCAGAGCAUCGCCUGCAAGCCGCGCAUUAGAAGGGAGAACAUUGUAGUCUACGAGGUAUCGGCCUCCAUUGACCAGUGCCCAACGGUGAUAGAGGAGAACUCGCCUAUAGUGCUGCGGUAUAAGACACCAUAUUUCAGGGCCUCAGCCGGGAUCGUAAUGCCUCCGGUGCCCCGCAAUGAAACCUGGGUGGUGGGUUGGAUCCAGGCUUGUACUCAAAUGGAGUUCUACAAUACUUAUGGUGACAUUGGCAUGUCCAGCUGGGAGUUACCGGAGCUCCGCGAGGGCCGGGUCAAGGCCAUCAGCGACUCGGACGGGGUCAGCUACCCCUGGUACGGCAAUACCACCGAGACUGUCACCAUCACGGGCCCCACGUCCAAGCCGUCGCGCCUCACGGUCAGCAUGAACGACAACUUCUACCCCAGUGUGACCUGGGCCGUGCCCAUCAGCAACAGCAACACAGCCAUGCUGUCACACAUCACCCGAGACCAGAGCUUCAUCACCUGGCUGGUUGCCAUCAACUCUGUCACCAAGGAGCGCAUUGUGCUGCAGACGGUGCGGUGGCGGAUGCGGGUGGACAUCGCCGUGGACCCUGACAUGCCCCUUGGCUCCCGGGCCUCCCUAGUGGGCCGUCCUCACCAGGAGCAGCCCCACAUCCUCAACUAUCAGGAGCCAAUCCUCUCCAACGCCCUGGGACGACCCAAUGCCAACGACGCCCAAGUGCUGAUGUGGAGGCCCCGCAGAGGGGCGCCCCUAGUGGUCAUACCGCCCAAAUAAGGUUGAAAAGACUGAGAAAAAAGAGAUGUGAUUGGUUCACGGUAAUGAGGAAGUGUUGACCAUCGCAAAGCAGGGAAAUUACGAGUUAUCUUGCCAAGAUGUCAGCUCUUCACUCAUACCUACUAGUGUCAGGGUUCAAUGGAUGAUAAGAAAUUGUGAAACAGUAUAGGUAUUUUCUCUGGACUGGACUGCAUUGGAAUUGGCACAGCGGAAAUUUACAGAGCUAGACUGGUUUUAGGUGCAGGCUCAAAACUGCAUCAGCGUUUGAUUAAGUUGGACUGUUUUUGGACGGCCACAGUCCUGAAUUAGAGUUGUAUCCAUUGGACAGAAAGGGACAGAGCUAUCGAAGUUUCAUUGAGGUGGACUGGACACAGAACUGCAUCCUACUGUAGAUCUUAUUGCAUGAGAAAGAAAACAGUCUAUGACUGGAAUAAGAAUACCAUUUUAUAUAAGCUCAUCACAUUAAGGAUAUUGAAUGGAACUUCUUACAUUGGCCAUGAAAUCCUGCAAGCUGGAAAAUCUCCUCAGUGCCAAUUAUGGAUAUAACAGCCUUUAACGCUCAUACAAACAUUUUAAGAACACAUCGUUAGAUUUAAUUAUGAGUCAAAUCAUAUUAUAUAAAUCUUUUGUUAGUUUAAGAUUAACUCACAUCAAUCAGAUUGUAUUAAGAACACCGACUUGGCAUAAAGUUCUAAAAAGAAAUGGGCUGAUUGUAGUCUUAUUGAAAUACGCCAUGUUUAUCCAUUCAAAUAGAAACAUAGAACAUGGACGGGUUAAAGGUGUGGGUUUUCUCGUGUCAGUUGAGUAUCUACACGUACAAACAUGAAUGUCCAAGUCUAAGUCCAACCCUUGCCACUACCCAUAUUGCUUAUCUUUACAAUCCUUUCCGAUAUACUCAAAGUGUCUUGGGUGAGGGGAUAGGGGUUUAUUUGGGAUUGGGCCAUAGUCCCACAGUACACUAUUAAGGCAGUGGUCUGGGCUGGUAUUGGGUUUAUUCAGAGGUGUCCCUAUCAUAUUACACAAUGUCACAUGAUUCAUUCUCCAUCUAUGCUCUUCACCAGGUUCAGUCCACACCUUCCCAUCUGUCUGUCCAUCUAUUUCUCUCCCUCCCAUCAUUCCAUCAUUCUCUCUCCUCUCCACAUGUCACAAUCCCUGAAUUUCUCUCCACUCCAAGACUAUGCAAACACAGAGGGACUGUUGAGUGAGAUAAAAAAGUACCAGUCAAAAGUUUGGACACACCUCAUCAUGCAAGGUUUUUCUUUAUUUUUUACUAUUUUCUACAUUGCAGAAUAAUAGUGAAGACAUCAAAACUAUGAAAUAACACAUGGAAUCAUGUAGUAACCAAGAAAGUGUUAAACAAAUCAAAACAUAUUUGAGAUUCUUUGAAGUAGCCGCCCUUUCUCUUGAUGACAGCUUUGCACACUCGUGGCAUUGUCUCAACCAACUUCACCUGGAAGGCUUUUCCAACACUCUUGAAGGAGUUACCACAUAUGCUGAGCACUUGUUGGCUGCUUUUCCUUCACUCUGCGGUCCAACUCAUCCCAAACCAUCUCAAUUGGGUUGAGUUCGGGUGAUUGUGGAAGCCAGGUCAUCUGAUAUAGCACUCCAUUACUCUCCUUCUUGGUCAAAUAGCCCUUAUACAGCCUGGAGGUGUGUUGGGUCCUUGUCAAGUUGAAAAACAAAUGAUAGUCCCACUAAGCACAAACCAGAUGGGAUGGCGUAUCACUGCAGAAUUCUGUGGUAGCCAUGCUGGUUAAGUAUGCCUUGAAUUCUAAAUAAAUAACAGAGAGUAUCACCAGCAAAGCACCCACCCCACACCAUCACACCUCCUCCUCCAUGCCUCAUGGUGGGAACCACACAUGCGGAGAUCAUCCGUUCACCUACUCUGCGUCUCACAAAGACACGGAGGUUGGAACCAAAAGUCUCAAAUUUGGACAAUUCAGUCCAAAAGACAGAUUUUCACCGGUCUAAUGUCCACUGCUCAUAUUUUUUGGCCCAAGCAAGUCUCUUCUUAUUAUUGGUGUCCUUUAGUCAUGGUCUUUGCAGCAAUUCGACCACGAAGGCUUGAUUUACACAGUCUCCUCUGAACAUUUGAUGUUGAGAUGUGUCUGUUACUCUGGGCCUUCCUUUCGUGUGGCGGUCCUCAUGAGAGCCAGUUUCAUCAUAGCGCCUGAUGGUUUUUGCGACUGCAUUUGAAUAAACUUUCGAAGUUCUUGAUAUUUUCCGUAUUGAUUGACCUUCAUGUCUUAAAGUAAUGAUGGACUGUCAUUUCCCUUUGCUUAUUUGAGCUGUUCUUGCCAUAAUAUGGACUUGGUAUUUUGCCAAAUAGGGCUAUCUUCUGUAUACCACCCCUACCUUGUCACAACACAACAAAAUUGGCUCAAACGCAUUAAGAAGGAAAGAAAUUCCACAAAUUAACUUUUAACAAGGCACACUUGUUAAUUGAAAUGCAUUCCAGGUGACUACCUCAUGAAGCUGGUUGAGAGAAUGCCAAGAGUGCAAAGCUGUCAUCAAUGCAAAUGGUGGCUACUUCGAAGAAUAUAAAAUAUUUUUAUUUGUUUAACACUUUUUUGGUUACUACAUGUUUCCAUAUGUGUUAUUUCAUUGUGUUGAUGUCUUCCCUGUUAUUCUACAAUGUAGAAAAUAGUAAAAUAAAGAAUACCCUUGAAUGAGUAGGUGUGUCCAAACUUUUGACUGGUACUGUAGGUGGAUAAAUGAUUAGGAAACACAGGGUGGAGGUAUUUUUCACAAUGAUGGCUUUCGUCAUUUCCCCAAAAUGGCUGCUGUUCAUUGAUUAAACUGAAUCUUUUUCUAGCCACA